UCAGUUGAGGGUGGUGGUGCGCCAUUCCUGACUCAGGAGUGCAUUGGCUGAUGGACUUAGCAGGAGAACCUACAUUGUAGCCCAAUGAAUUUGUCACAGUACUUGGAAUAGCGUCCAGACGCUCUAUAUAAGCUACGAGAAGACAAUCAUCCCCAACAAGCUCAAAGAUUGAAUCACAGUUUCGAUUCGGGCGAGAUGCGAAUUUUCGCCGGUAUCUGUCCAAGUUUACUCCACUCUUCCCCCAUCGAAAUACAAUCACUUUCUUUUCUAAAUGACGUCGCAUGACGUAACGUACCGUCAUGCCAGCCAACACUCCAGCACCCAUCGUGCUCGUAAUAUUAGCUGCUCUGCUCAUCUCCUGCAACGUCUUCUGGCUCUACACGACUCCUGACAACACGACUAGAAGUGUGUGCGGACACCUCAUAGACACUUGGUCGGGGUCCGCGAGGCGGUCCAAGGACGCUGUGAACGCGUCGGUGGCGGCGCUGCCGGGGGGCGUGCGGGACUACCAAGUGGUGCGCGGCAGUGGCCUCAGCGACGUGCCCUUUCCCAUCCCCAUCCCCAACGACACGCUGCUGCUGGGGGAGGACGUGGGGCGUGAUGACGGGCUGCGGCAGCGCUACCUGACCAUCGGCAUCGCGUCUGUAUGGCGCAAGGAAGAGUACCUACACCGCACGCUGGACUCCCUCCUGAGGGAGACCUCGGGCGCCGACCAACGCGACGUCUUCAUCUUCCUGCUCCUCGCUGAUGCCGACGCCGAUAUCAGGCUAGCCCGCGCUCGGGCGAUAGAGUCGCGGUACAGACAGCACAUCACGGCGGGUGUGAUACGCGUGUUACAGCCGCCAGCCGUACUCUACCCGUCCAUAGACUUCACGGCCAUACGUCGUACCUACAACGACUCCGUCAGCCGUGUGCAGUGGCGUACCAAGCAGGUGCUGGACUUCGCUUUUCUGUUCUGGUACACGUGGGCGCGACAGCCUUCGACCUACUACCUCAUCCUGGAGGACGACGUUCUUGCCGCACGUCACUUCGUCACCGCCGUGCGCGACUUCGUACGUCUCCACUCAAAGCGCGAGUGGGUCGCUCUUCAGUUAUCCGGUUUCAUGGGCAUCGGUCAGCUGAUUCGCUGCAAAGAUUUGGACAGACUUGUAUCGUUCUUGUUGCUGUUCUACAAAGAACAUCCCGUCGACGUGCUGUUCAAUCACUGGGUCUCGAUGAUGGUACCUCAAAAGCCUCCCAAAGACAUCCCAUAUCGCAGGGUGCCGGGGCUAUUUCAACACGUCGGCAUACACUCCACUCUGGCCAACAAGACUCAGACUCUCAGAGACUCCACUUUCAGCUUAGUCAAACGCCGCUUCUCGCACGUGAACCCCCCCGCCGAGGUAGUGACCACAAUACGGCAGUACAAGUCCUUCGUCGCACCGCUCGCCUACAGCUCGGCGCCGGGACUGUUCUGGGGCGUCCCGAGGGCCGGCGAUACAUACGAUAUCGUGCUCACCACGCCACUUAUCGUCACGCGUAUCGUUAUCAUCACUGGAGCUACCGUCUCCAAAAAGAAGACACGCGACAGAUUGCUGUUCGGGCAGCUGCAAGUGUCGCCUUUGUUCGAACGGAUGUUGUCGCCUAACCGAGCGCAGUGCAAAAAUUUUGUCGCCAUCCAGGAAUUCAGCAACGGCGAAGUCGACGUCAAGGACAUCAACGAACGUUUCGAACGCGGCAUCCAAUGCAUCCGAGUUGUCAUUGGAAGCAAACAGCGCACAUGGAUAUCGAUUUCCGAGAUUGCUGUAUUCACUGAAAACCCAGAAAAUACAAAUACGGUGUCUGAUCCUGUAAAAAGAGAUGAAAAUAAUUUAAUAAAAUCUGUGCCAAGUGUCAGUAUUUCUUCGGCCAGUACAACGAGCUCGAAAAUUUACCAUGUAACCGUUUCAGCGGAAAAGUCGAUCAUAAAAUCGAUUAGUUCCAAAGCUAUUAAUGAUUUACACAUGACGAUUAGUCCAACAUCGAUCUCAAAAACCGCCCAAGGUGAUUUCAAUUCUCGAUUAAAUUCCACUAAAUCUACCAAUAUUACAAUUUCAGUUCCUCAAGAUCCAGUUGUUAGUAGUCAAAAUUCAAUAAUCCAAGCUGGACGUGAGCCGUUCACAAUAUUUCCUAACAAACAUAAUAGUGCUGAAACGGAAGUCAAUGCUUCAUUUCGCGAAGAAAGAAGUGUCACAGAGUCCCUUGUAAAUAAGAUUGAUAAUAGUGUUAAUAAAGUUAGUGAAAAAAUCAUCAAUGCGUCUAGUCAUGAUUUCCAGCGGAAAAAGCAAAUCGUUUCUGCAUUGCAAAAUCGAAACCUGGAUUUGGAAUUAGAAAAGUUACGGGUAAUAAAGAAAAAACUACAAAUGCAAGACUUGAAUAGAAUUGGCAAAACAGGAAAAUAUUUAGACGACCGCAGAAUGCUUGAGAAUUCAGUUGAAGAACUCGAUGAAAAUAACGAUGACGCAAUGAUUCUCGAUGAAGACCCAUCGCCUGAGUCCAGGAAUCGUACUGAGCGGCUGAGUCGCUUGCACGAUUUGCUGGUGAGAAGCAUGAGAAUCUCCGACGCUGCGGACGAAACCGAGUAAACCGUUACUGUGGCCGCCCAAAUUAUCCUAAAAUUCUGGAUGCAUUUAAGCCCAUGAAAUGCGCAGUAAUUUUCAAAUUGUAAAGUUAAAAGUUGAAAAAGACUUUAUUUGUGGUAAUUUCGCAUCGUUAAACAAGUGAAUUUAUGCUCAGAAAUUAAACCAGAACUUAGAAUAGUUUUUGGUGCACUGUGUGCCGCCAAGGCGCAUCAUUUUACUUCAUAGCAAAUAGCGAUUUCAGCGAACAUAUUUUUCAUAGAACAUUUUAUUAUGUUGAAGAUAAAAUUUAUU